AUGUUCUCAUCACCAAGGUCUCCGCCUUCUCACAUCGAGACCGAUCGUGAACGAGACGAACGGUCGAUCGCCGCUACCGACGACAUUAUGCUUCUGCGCCCGGACGAACGCCGUGAAGCUCAGACGUCUCAGAGCUCUUAUUUAGCUCGUGAUGAAGCUAAGCCUGUAAAGCAUGGCAUAAAGUUCCCUGGCCUUGCCUUCAUGAAGCGCCGCAGCGACGACUUCUGGAAUGUUUGGCAGGUUUACAGACAUAAGCCUUGGAAUAUGUUUCUUUUGGUCCUUGUUGGCACUGUGUUCGCUGUUGGUCAUCACCUGUUCUACCUCCGCCUUAAUGGGAAAGAGGCUGUCAACCAGUCUCUGAUGUUACGGUACGGGACUAUCGUUGCAUUCUGUGCCAAAGCUAGUCUUGGUACGGCUGUUACUAUUGCGUUUCACCAAAGAGCCUGGAGAGUGGUCCGAAAUAAAACAGCCCGGGUUGAGACUAUCGACUCGAUAUUCACCGCCAACUCGGAUAUCUUCUCCCUUUUCACCUGGGGCUCUAUUCGUAAAGCAAAGAUUGGCACUCUCCUUGCGCUUUACUGCUGGGUCACUCCUCUUGUGGUUGUAUUGACUUCUGAGACUUUGUCGGUUUCUGUCGGUGUCCUUGAAGAAACUACGACAUGCACAUCUAUCCGGACCUUGAACUUUGAAAACGAGGAGAAGGUAUAUUGGCGGAAUCCCCAGAAAAUCGAUGACCAGUUUCUGAUGUCCAUGUCUUUAUGGAAUUCAACUUUUGACUACAGUGUGAGUGACUUCAAGGGGGAAUACUUUGACUAUUACACCUACCCUAGCAGGCAGGUCGACAACUUCGUUGCUACGAAAUCGAUGCUGAUGGGCGAGGCCAUAGUUCGCAAGGAGUCGGCGUUUGAGAUCUGUGGAGAGGGAUGGAACUGUUCCUAUGUCAUCAACUUUGUUACUCCUGGCUAUAAGUGUGAGAAGCUAGCAUCUGGAGUAAAUUCUGAAGUCAAGAAGCUUGGGAAUGCUGCAGCACCAUUCAACACAUCUGUGUUGGCGCCAUUAGGAAACCUGACAUACUACGCCGUCAACGACCGCGAGUAUGACAACCCCCAAAUGGUAUCUUAUCCUGGGGGUAGGCCGAAGGCACAUCCUCCGUAUCCGAAAAACUUUGGAGCCUUCAGAACGGAGCCUAUCAUGUGGAUUGGCUAUGCAACGGUGGAUGACCUUUCUGUCCCUCAGCCAGAUAUGCCAGGCACAGAGGAAUACAUCAAGGCAUAUACGCCCGUUAUCAUCGGGUGCGAGCAUUACGAAGUCAACUAUACUGCCCAAUUCAAUUACACAGGCGGUUCACAAUUUGUUGACAUUAAGAAACGCGAAUACCUAAGAAGGGUGAUUGAUACGACUUACAUAUCGGAGAAAGACCCCGACAAGAGGUUGAAAGACCGAACACAGGCCGUCCCUGACAGAAACUACGUAUUCCCUACGGACGUCAAAAGAUACCGCCGAGUAGCUGCCUACCAUUCCAUCGGCUUUAGGUUGAGGCAAUGGCUCAACGGGACUACCACAAUGCCGAAUUACAAUGUAAAUUCCGAGGUUUUGUCUACGCGGUUGCUCACGCAGGUUAAUUACCUCCCCGUCAAGAACCUUGAUCAAGAAAUCCGAAACUUUUAUGAGGACAUCCUCAUUUCGAUCUUUUCAGACCGUUCCUUCAAUGUAGUCUCGUGGGCGGCGAAUGGGAAACCGUCUGGUGUUGCCAAAGGAGAUCCUUCAACCGCCUAUCCCUGCCAACGUCAAAGGAUAGCUACUUUCUUUCGCUAUAGCAUGGCCCAGCUUCUUAGCGUAUAUGCGGCAAGUAUAUUUCUGGCGGGCAUUGGCGUGUUAUUGGGGUUGCAGGCUUAUCUUGAGGAGGGCGCUAUGCGCGAUAUGAAGCCGUCCUCGAUAAUAGAGGCUUCGCGGGCGUCGAAUCUUGAUGUACUGAGGGCUCGGCAAGGAGGCGGUGUCAAGAUUGGGUACGGACUUGUUCAUGAAGAAGCUGGUAGGAGUGUGAGAAGUUUUGGGGUCGAAGGAAAUGUGCAGCAGUAA